AUGAGCAUGGAUAUGAAAGCAGACCCGGAGAAGGAUCCAAAAAAGGGCCAAUAUGAAGUUAAUAUCACACCAGUUUCAGAUGUGGCUUCUCAGGGAACAAGCAUGGAUGCGUCUCAUGAAAAAUUAGGUGCAUGGACAAGAUUCAAAGAUUCAUUUAAACCAGCCGUUGUUGAGGACAUCGAUCAAAAUUUGGAAGGUGCCCAGAAGAGCAAUGUGCGGUCUGCAAAGGCUCCUUUGAGACGAAAACUCAAAAACCGUCACUUACAGAUGAUUGCAAUUGGAGGCUCAAUUGGUACUGGCUUAUUUGUUGGCUCCGGAAGUGCUUUACACAAGGGUGGCCCUGCCGCUUUGUUAAUAGACUGGAUCCUUACCGGUGUCUCUAUGUACUGCACCAUACAGGCUCUCGGGGAACUAGCAGUCGCGUUUCCUAUAAGUGGUGCAUUUGUUCAUUAUAAUACACGUUUUAUAUCACCAAUGUGGGGAUUUUGUAUAGCAUGGAAUUAUGCGUUUGGAUGGUGCAUUACUCUUCCGUUGGAAUUGGUGGCUGCUUCAUUAACCAUAGAUUUUUGGAAUACGACCGUAAAUUCUGCCGCAUGGGUGGCAAUUUUUUACGUGGCGAUAUCAGUCAUCAACAUGUUUGGUGUCAGGGGUUAUGGUGAAGCCGAAUUUGUUUUCUCAUUUUGCAAGGUUAUUACUAUUAUAGGAUUUAUCAUCUUAGGUAUUAUAUUGGAUUGCGGUGGUGGACCAGUGAAAGGUUAUAUCGGGGGUAAAUAUUGGAGUAAUCCAGGUGCAUUUGCAAAUGGGUUCAAGGGUGUUUGUUCGGUGUUUGUCACAGCUGCAUUUUCGUUCGGUGGUACUGAGCUAUGCGGUUUGGCUGCUGCUGAAACAGCAAACCCAAGAAAAUCACUUCCCGCUGCCACAAAACAGGUCUUCUGGAGAAUUACACUCUUUUAUGUCAUUUCAUUGACACUUGUCGGCCUUCUUGUUCCUUAUAACGAUUCCCAAUUGCUAAAUAAGUCCUCCUCGGCUGAUGCAAAAGCAUCACCAUUUGUGAUUGCGCUUAAGAAUCAUGGUAUUAAGGGAUUGCCAUCAGUUAUGAAUGCUGUCAUUAUGAUUGCUGUUCUUUCAGUUGGUAAUUCUGGUGUAUUUGGUUGCUCAAGAUGUUUAGCUUCUCUUGCUGAAAUGGGAAUGGCUCCAAAAUGUUUUGGCUAUAUUGAUAGAAUGGGAAGGCCAUUAGUUGGAAUUGGUAUAGCAUUAUUCUUUGGAUUGCUCUGCUUCUUAGCUGCAUGCCCUAACGAAUCUAUGGUGUUCACAUGGUUAAUGUCUCUUGCCGGUUUAUCAUCGGUCUUUACUUGGGGCUCAAUUUGUGUUUGUCAUUUAAGAUUCAGAGCUGCUUUGAAAGCUCAAGGCAGAGAUACGAGUGAGUUGGAGUAUACCUCUCAGAGUGGAAUUGUGGGAUCCUGGUUUGGUCUCGCUUUGAAUAUCAUCAUUUUAGUUGCUCAAAUAUACGUUGCACUAUUUCCUAUCGGUGGAAAUCCAAGUGCGGAAGAAUUCUUCGAAGACUGUAUGACAAUACCGGUUUUAAUCAUAUUUAUAAUAUUCUAUUUGAUAUGGAAAAGGGAUAUACAUAUUUUGGUCCCUGUGGACUCAAUUGACCUUGAUACAGGUAGAAGAGUUGUGGAUAUUGAUUUGGUUAAGCAGGAAGUUGCCGAGGAAAAGGCAUACAUCAAAAGUAAGCCGAUUUAUUACCGGAUAUACAAAUUCUGGUGUUGA